UUCUUUUUAAGAAUUAUAAUCGAAAAGCUAUUAUUGGUUAAAAGCAAAGUUAAAUAACAAAUUUCUUAAUUGGAGCGAAUGAGAUUACGUGAGUUUAAAUGCGUACAAUCCAUUACGACGAAAUAGAAACAGUAUGAUUUCAAAGUUAAUUAUAAAAGCUAAAAGCUCGCGUGUGUUUCUGUAUUAGUUUACAUGCUUAUCGUUAUUCGCUAGCAUUGGUUUAUCAAUUGAUUUCAAUGUAAAAUCAUUUGCAGCGGAUGUUCGUCUGUGAAGCAAACAUACCAUCCACGUUAAAUAAAAAUAAUCAUAGAUGAUCGAUUUUCACAAUCAUGGUAUUGAUAGAAGUCAACGUUGACAAUUAAAAAGUACAUUAGCUAAUUGCUGGAUCACUGAUAAACAUCGGCUAAAAAAUCGGUCUACUGUCUGAAUAGAGAUUGAACGUCCGUCGCAGUAUGCAACGCAGUAGAAAGCCGCUUUACGUCGAAUAGCGUUUGAAGCGAACGGGCGUAAAUGGCGAAUCGAGAUAUCGGUAAAGCCUGUCCGCGAGUAAUAACCGGAAAAAUAAUCGGCCAGGCGGUCGGACUUUCCGCGCGAUGCUCCCCGGUUUGACGUAUUGGAAUGUCGUCCGUACGGUGUUCCCGCAAACCCGGAGAGCUCUUGUCAUUUGCACACUCCGUCGAAAUGUCGAGAGUUCGGAAGCGAUAUUAAUUCUCUCGCGCGUGCAUCGACAUUCCCGCACGAGAGACGAAAGUAGACUUUUUCUAAUUAAUCCGCAGACUGACAGCGUGCAGGCCGCAUUAUAUGCUGAGGUGACAAUCGCUAACAAUUGAGACUACAGGACAAAGGGGAAUGUUGAUAGAUUAUGACAAGGAUGAUGUUGCAAAUAUGAGGGUGGGAAAUGUAUUUUUUUUUUUUUUCUUUGACUUUGAUGCAGCGUACAAGCUUUCGUGUAAGGUAAUUGAGAACGCAAGAAAAAAUUAACUGUCUCUUUUAAUUAGAGUUUAGCUAUGUAAUUAUUGAAAUAGCUACACUUAAAUUUAAUCAAAUAACUUUUUGUUAGACGAAAGACAAGUAUACUUUAUAAUAAAUUAUCAAAUAUACUUAUAUUUCUGUAUAUUUUAUUCUUUAAAGUCUCUUUUGCAUAUUUCAGGCUGAAAGUUACCUUCGCGAGCAGAUGCGAGCCAAACAUUGUUGAAAUAGUAAUCAACUUUCGUUCGAUGUGCAGAAGCUUAUGCAACGUUGAUUUCAAUUCGCGAACGACAAUUGUGUUUGCACUUCUGCAAGGUCAAUGCGUUUAUGUUUACUCGUAGUAGCUGUUUGCAAAUCUCGGAAAGCGUAUUCGCUGCGCAGCGUGUUCAGAAGUACAGAUGCGGAAUGUGUGCUCUCGGCGACAGUUUCGUGUAGCAGCGCAAUUUAAUAAAUACAUUAAUUAAUACGCUCGGACACUACGUUUCGGUUAAAUAUCGGAAUUGCGGUCGAGCCCUGUGUUACCGCGCUGUUACCGAAAAGCCGUUGAAACGGCCGUUCGUCCCGAAUGCCUUAAAUUACAAAUUUACAUUUAUUAGCGUGCCGUUCUAUCAUCGUCUUUGAUGCUUGCUGUGCGUUUGCGGUAAUGAAUAUUGCGACUGUGGUUUAAGAUGCUCAGAGCUCUUCCACCUCACUGCAAUUAGCUAGUAAUGUGUUCCACCGUAAGACCCGUAAUUCUGUUCACUUCACUACCUGUGAUGCCUGCCAUUUCACGAUAACGCGCUUUAUAGCGCCUGAAGGUGAGCAAUGAUCAACCGUGGAGGCUAAAAUAAUUCAACUUGUCUUCUUUCCAUUUAUCUUUUCAUCCGUCUUUCGCAAAGAAUUACGAAUAACGCGAGAAAUUAUGGAUAUACCUUAGAAGUUUCCUCCGCACCAUCAGUCUCGAAGAAGUAAAAGUGUUAAGAGACGGAGGGACGCAAUUAUUUCAUUAGUACAGCUCUAUAGGAUCGUAAAAAUUGAGAGAAAUCUAGAACGCUUUUGCUCUGAAGUCUCUGAAAAUUUAGCUAGAUCUAAACUUGAAAACAAUUUAAAAUUAUUGGACUAUCAAAAUAAUUAUGAGGGAUGCGUUCAGUAUGAUGAGUAAUGUUGCAAAAAUUUGCAGUAUAGACACUUUAGCCAACAAUUUGAGCAAAUUAUAUGAUGAUUUUGAUGGUCUGACAAAAUUAUUUUUAGAUCUGCAUCAUUUCAGAGCACACAAAAUCGUUCUUCCCGUAUAACUGCUAAUAAUAUCUAGAAGUUGUAUCAUUUACUAGUGUUGCGAAAUCAGAUUUAUCGGACCAAUUGCAACUUAAUUCUUUCUCAAAGAACAUCCGCUUCUACCGGCAAGCGAAGCAAAAGUGAACUAACGACCAUGGCUACCACGGCGCAUUUAUCGGUCACAUCUAUACGCGCUCCCGCGCGCGCGCACGCUCCCUCAUCCGGCGAUAUAAUGCAAUUUGAAUAUAGGCCAUCAUGCACAGACUUUGCAUGCCAUGCGUGCACGUCAUUGUACAGACUCGGAACGACCGAUGCGGUAGCGCUGAGUUUCCUUCGCAGUCUUAACCAUUCUUGUGGGGGUAUUCUAGUCUAAAGCGCGAGAAAGUUUGCCUACUUUGGAGAAAUUUUUAAGAGAAAACAUCUGCACUAUUCUUCUACACUUUUAUACAUCUACUUAUUUAGUAAUUUAAUAAAUAUCUACAAAUUUUUCAAAUGUUUAUUAGUUUUUAUAUUACGUAAAUUAAAAAAAAACGUUUUUUAACAACAUUUUUCAGAAACUACUGAAACUCUAUAAUUGACUUCAACUUUCACGUAUGUAAAAUACAUCCCUGUUUAUUCUUUAUUUCGCGAAGUAGAAUUGUUGCAAUAUCUAUAAUUUAACUAUUGUUUCACGUGAAUUAAAUUCAAUCAGUUUUGUUAAAAAAUCGAUAUUUGUUCUUUAAAAUUGUGCAUUUUAAUAACUUGCAAUAUUUUUCAUUAAUCCUAGUUCAGUUAGUCAUAUAUGUGUAGAUUAAUAAAAACGUAGAAAAAUGUGUGCAGCAAUUUUUUUAAUAAAAAGAAAUUCCCCCCAAAAGAAAAAGCUUUCUUUCGCUCUCUAAAUUAAAAAAGACCCGUAAAUUAUCCCUCUCGUGCGACUUGUCUCCUUUUCGAAGAAACCGCGCCGUCGAUGAUUCGUUCUUUCUCACUCCUUCGCUUUCUAUCCUGUCGUCAGUUCAAGUAAGAUACCCAUCGAAGUUAACCGAUUUCAACGAAGCAUGUAAUCCACGGCUCGUCCCCUCCUCCCGGUAAUUAUUGCUAAUAUCGUUAAACGUGUACGCGAUGUCGAGCUGCGCCGGCAUUGGAAAAAGCUCCCGAUAAUAGAGACAGAGAGGCAUGCUAGUCAACCGACAUUUCACUGGGACGCGAGUCCAGCUGAAAUUAAACUACUGGGCUAAUUAUUGGAGAAGUGAUUCGCAAGAAUGGAAAAUUCGUGGUGGUUGGUACAGGUGUGUCCCCGAGCUUUCUCGUCGCGUCGCUUCAACCGCAGUAUUUUAUUCGCAAUUGUCGAUAAUUAAGUGCCUCGCGCUCCCGUUCGUUAUCCCUUUAUCGUUACCCAAUCAUAAACGGCGAGUUUUGUUGAAGCAUCGUUUUCUUUCUCUCCUUUUGAGCGGACCGCUUUCGUCCUUCCUCUCUCGCUGCCUGUCGUCCCUUUCCCCACCCCUGUCGACGCUCUAAUUGGAGAGACGAUCAAUUAACAUCAGCGAGGUCGAACGGAACGGACGGGCCGUGCUUUACGCAUUUGGCGUGCUUGCCACUUGAAUCUCUCGCGCGUGAGAUCCAAUGAAAUAUAAUGACGGCGAGCGGAAUGGACGCGUGACGUAGUGACGCGAAGAUGAGUUGACAUGACAUGACGCGACGCGAUGCGACACGACGCGACGCGGCACUACGUGUCUCGAUCCCUUAUCUCUUAUCCGGCCUUAAUUCGCGGCGCGAUGAUGCCUCCGAGGAAUUCUCCUUACGAAGGGGGAGAGGUUUCCUCUUCGCUAUAUUUUCACUUUACCGUUCUUCUUCCUAUACACGAAGAAAUGACGAAGUUACUAGCGUCGUUAGCUAAUAAGAGGCAACGUCUUUCACGUCCUGUUCGCGAUCGCCGUUCUUUUGCUCGAUCACAUCCAUCAACGCGACGAGGAUAACCGGAAGCUCGACAGGGAUGCUGUACAACGACGGCGCGUGGUAUUAAGUUAGAAUUUGGCGAAGAAGUAUGGCUUCGGAUUUUAGAGAAAGCUGAUUGCAAACACAUGGUUUUUAAUACAAGACAAACAUAUCCGGAUGAUCUAAUGACAAAUUUGGCUAUGGCUCUUGCCACGUAUACUGAUGAUUCUAUGGAUAACAUUAUGCAAUUUUUUGGAAAGUGUUUUGUUAGAUUUUUUAGUAAUUUAGGGUAUGACUGCACCAUAAAGGCAACCGGUCGUUACUUUUGUGAUUUUUUACAAAGCGUAGAUAAUAUUCACAUGCAAAUGAGAUUUACGUAUCCAAAAAUGAAGAGUCCUUCUAUGUAUACAACACACAUAGAUGCAGAAGGUGUUGUUUUAGUUUAUAGAAGCACUCGACGAGGUUUUACUCAUUAUCUUAUGGGACAAUUAUUUCAAAUAGCUAAAGACUUAUAUAAUACAGAACUGGAUAUUAAAGUAUUAGAAAGUUUACAUAAUAUUCCAGGAUCUCGAAGCGUAAUGAUUAAAUUUCGUAUUAAUUUCGAUAACCAUGAAUACAUCGCGAAGAACAAUAGAAUGACUCCACUAGACCUUGAAUUACCACCUAUAUCUUGUACAUUUUUCUUACGCCUUUUUCCAUUUGGCGUUGUAAUGAACAAGGAUAUGCGAAUAUUAGGAGCUGGUGAUAAAUUGCUUCAAGCAUGGGGUGGCACCACGUCCAUCUUAAACAGGCAUGUUAUAGAGAUAUUCAAAUUGAGAAGACCGAAAGGAAUUUCGUUUACUUGGGGAAACGUAAUGUAUUUACAUUCAGUGAUAUUCGAAUUAGAACUUAUUAGAGCAAAUGAUCAACGUUCUUCCAUAAAUUUAGACGAUGUGCCAAGCACAAGCAGUAGUUUAGAUAGACGUGGAAGCCAAGGUGCGAGAAGUAUUUUAUUGAAAGGUCAAAUGAGAUUUAUCGAAGAUAUUAAAGCUAUUAUAUUUCUCUGUAGUCCUUUAAUCAACAGUUUAGACGAACUUCUUAAUAUGGGUCUGUAUCUAAACGAUUUAAAUCCUCACGGAAUGAGCAAAGAAUUGGUAUUGGCAGGAUGGCAGCAUUGCGGAAGAUUGGAAAUGAUGUUUGAGAGGGCAGAACAAAGAUCGACGGAACUAGAAAACAGCUAUGCGUUGCUAGAUCGAUGGAAAAACAGGAGCGACGAACUUUUAUAUUCUAUGAUUCCGCAAACGGUGGCAGACCGAUUGCGAGCUGGAGCCAGUCCGUUGAGCACUUGCGAGUCAUUUGAAUCAAUAACGGUCCUUUUUUGUGAAUUAUGCGACUUUGAUUAUUCGACUAUCGAAGGAGCGAUGGACAUCGUCUUAUCAAUGAAUGCUGUUUUUUCUUGUUUCGAUACGCUGAUGGAUCAAUUUAAUGUGUAUAAAGUGGAGACCGUUGGUCGCGUGUAUAUGGCGGCCAGCGGAGCACCGGACAGAAAUGAUAACCACGCGCAGAACAUCGCCGAUGUUUCCUUGCAACUUAUUGAGCAUGUUCGAUCCCUCAAAUUACCCUCCGGACUGGAUAUACGAAUCCGUAUAGGGAUACAUUCUGGGCCAGCAGUUGCCGGUGUGGUCGGCAUCAAAGUACCGAGAUAUUGUUUCUUCGGAGACACUGUUAAUACUGCCUCCAGAAUGCAGACUACUAGCCUGCCAGGAAAGGUGCAUAUCUCUUCUAGUACUAAAGCUCUGUUACCAAAAGGUCACUAUGAUACUGAAUCACGUGGAGUUGUGUGGGUAAAGGGAAAAGGAGAUAUGGAGACAUAUUGGCUGCAGUCAGCGGCAAACAAUGAAAUAAAGGAAAAAACUAAUUCGUCAGACAAUGAAAAUGCAAUAAUUGAAGAUCUUCUAAUCGCUAAUAUAGAGCUUUAAUAUUAAAAUAAAUAAAAUUCAUAUAAUUACUAUAAAAUGUUUUAUCUAGUAAAAGGAACCAAUUUGUUGACUAUAUAUUUCUCAAUAAUAUACACCUUGAUUGUGUAUAAUAAAAUUACUUAUAAAAAAUUUAUAAAAGAUAAAUUUUAUUAAAGAAAUGAAAGAGUUUAUAAAAAAUAAAAAUUACGAAAAAAUACUAUAUAUUGAAUCAAUUAUAAAUUGAUGCCUUAUUAAUAUAAACAAUAUAAUCUAUAAAUAAUAUGAUGCAUACAUUUUAAAUCACUAUCUGUUCUAGCGAGUUGUAAGUGACAAACGACUACAAUAUAUAUAUAUAUAUAUCAAAAUUCCAAAUCGUCUGUUUGUGAGAAGCAGAGAAAGUCGUGUCACUUUCUUCUGUUAAGUAUAUAUUCUAUGUUGUAAAUAUUGACCAAAGUAAAAAACAAGACACAUGCCUUAAUUUUUAAUUGCAUACACCACUCCAUUUAAUUGCAUACACAACUCAUGAUGUAAAAUGCUACAGGACCGAUUCCACUUUCGGAUAAACUAUGUAGUAAAUUAUCUAAUGGAUGAAUGUUUACUCUACACAAUGACGUGAUAGAUGUGUAGACACAGAUAUUUAUUCUGGCUUGGAUGUUUUUCGCAAUAAGUUUUUCAUAAUUUUGUAAAAUGUUUAUUGCAUCAUUAGUAAAUUUGACGAUCAAAUUCAUUUGAGAUGUUAUUCUAGCUUUAGUUUAUAAUUGUAGUUUAAAUCCAGCAAUUAUAUCGGCACGCAGCUUUUAAAAAUAAAAAUUGUAUUUAAUAAAUGAUACAUAAAUUAAGCACCAAAAUUCUCUUCGGUCUGAAAAAUGCACUUCCUCUUAUCUGUUGUGUUAUUAUCGAUCUAAUACCUUAUAUAUUACUAUAUAGGUACUACAUAUCCAUUACAUUGAUUAGAUAAUUUAUCAUAUAGUUUCCGGAUGUGGAACAACUAAUCCAUAGAGUCAUGUAUUAAGUUAUGAUAAGCAUACUAUCGAUUAUUACGUGUAUUUACGUAUAUAAUCACAAUAAAUAAAUAUGUAUUAAAUAAUUAGUGUAUCACGAUGCAAUAAAGUUUUGAUUGUACAAUA